AUGACCACUUUACUCCUCGUGUUGGUGACUCUGAGGGUCAUCGCCGCCGCCGCCAUCUCCAUAGAAGUCUCAGUCCCUGACAACUCGCUGAGUGUCAGCAUCCCCGAGCCGUCCCCACUGCGGGUCCUCCUGGGGACCUCCCUCACCAUCCCCUGCUACUUCAUCGACCCCAUGCACCCCGUCACCACCGCCCCCGCCACCGCCCCCCUCACCCCGAGAAUCAAGUGGAGCCGCAUCUCCAAGGAGAAGGAGACGGUCCUGCUGGUGGCCACGGACGGGCAGGUGCGGGUGCACAGCGCCUACCAGGACAAGGUCUCGCUGCCCAACUACCCGGCCAUCCCCAGCGACGCCACCUUGGAAAUUCAGAACGUGCGCUCCAACGACUCCGGGAUCUACCGCUGUGAGGUCAUGCACGGCAUCGAGGACAGCGAGGCCACCGUGGAGGUCGUGGUGAAAGGCAUCGUGUUCCAUUACAGAGCCAUCUCCACGCGCUACACCCUGGACUUCGACAGGGCGCAGCGGGCCUGCCUGCAGAACAGCGCCAUCAUUGCCACGCCCGAGCAGCUGCAGGCCGCCUAUGAGGACGGCUUCCACCAGUGCGACGCUGGCUGGCUGGCCGACCAGACUGUCAGGUACCCCAUCCACGUUCCUCGGGAAGGCUGCUACGGGGACAAGGACGAGUUUCCCGGCGUGAGGACCUACGGCAUCCGCGACACCAAUGAGACCUACGACGUGUACUGCUUCGCGGAGGAGAUGGAGGGCGAGGUCUUCUACUCGACGUCCCCAGAGAAGUUCACCUUCCAGGAGGCUGCCAACGAGUGCCGACGGCUGGGCGCCCGGCUGGCCACCACGGGCCAGCUGUACCUGGCCUGGCAGGGCGGCAUGGACAUGUGCAGCGCCGGCUGGCUGGCCGACCGCAGCGUGCGCUACCCCAUCUCCAAGGCCCGGCCCAACUGCGGGGGCAACCUCCUGGGCGUGAGGACCGUGUACCUGCACGCCAACCAGACGGGCUACCCCGACCCCUCAUCCCGCUACGACGCCAUCUGCUACACAGGUGAAGACUUUAUAGACAUCCCGGAGAACUUCUUCGGGGUGGGUGGCGAAGAGGACAUCACCGUGCAGACCGUGACCUGGCCCGACGUGGAGCUGCCCUUGCCCCGGAACAUCACGGAGGGCGAAGCCCGGGGCAACGUGAUCCUCACGGUGAAGCCCAUCUUCGGCGGCUCCCCCACGGCCCCGGAGCCCGAGGAACCCCUCACCUUGGCCCCCGACGUAGAGGCCACCGCCUUCCCUGAGGCUGAGAACGGGACUGGAGAGGCCUCCAGGCCGCCCUGGGCCUUUCCCGGGGCGUCCACGCCGGGCCAGGGCCCCUUCACCGGCGAGGACCUGGUCGUGCAGGUGACCGCAGCCCCGGGUGAAGCCCAGGUGCCCGGGCAGCCACGAUUGCCAGGGGGGGUCGUGUUCCACUACCGCCCCGGCUCUGCCCGCUACUCCCUGACCUUCGAGGAGGCACAGCAGGCCUGCCUGCGCACCGGGGCGGUCAUCGCCUCGCCCGAGCAGCUCCAGGCCGCCUACGAAGCAGGCUACGAGCAGUGUGACGCCGGCUGGCUGCAGGACCAGACCGUGAGAUACCCCAUUGUGAGCCCGAGGACCCCGUGUGUGGGCGACAAGGACAGCAGCCCGGGGGUCCGGACCUACGGUGUGCGCCCACCGUCAGAAACCUAUGAUGUCUACUGCUACGUGGACAAGCUCGAAGGGGAGGUGUUCUUCGUCACACGCCCGGAGCAGUUCACCUUCCAGGAAGCCCUGGAGUUCUGUGAAUCCCACAACGCCACGCUGGCCUCCACCGGCCAGCUCUACGCCGCCUGGAGCCUCGGCCUGGACAAGUGCUACGCCGGCUGGCUCGCCGACCGCAGCCUCCGCUACCCAAUCGUCACCCCUCGGCCGGCCUGCGGCGGGGACAAGCCAGGCGUGAGGACCGUCUACCUCUACCCCAACCAGACAGGCCUCCUGGACCCGCUGUCCCGGCACCACGCCUUCUGCUUCCGAGGUGUCUCGGCCACGCCCUCUCCCGGAGAAGAUCGGGGUGGCACGCCCACACCACCCUCAGACGUGGAGGACUGGAUCACUCCCCAAGUGGGACCUGGCGUGGCUGCUGUUCCCUCGGGGGAGGAGACCACUGCCGUGCCAGAUUUCACCAUGGAGCCAGAAAACCACACGGAGUGGGAACCAGCCUACACCCCAGCGGGCACCUUGCCGCUGCCAGGGGUCCCUCCUACAUGGCCUCCCACUAGCACAGCCACAGAGGAGAGCACAGAAGGCCCUUCUGCCACAGAAGUGCCCUUGGCCUCGGAGGAGCCAUCCCCCUCAGAAGAGCCAUCCCCCUCGGAGGAGCCAUCCCCCUCGGAAGAGCCAUUCCCCUCCCAGGAGCCGCUGUUCACACCUUCACCCCCAGUGCCCAGUGGGAUGGAGCUGCCGGGCUCCGGGGAGGCAUCCGGGGCACCGGAAGUCAGUGGUGACUUCUCAGCCAGUGGAGAAGCUUCAGGACACCCGGGCGCCAGUGGGCAGCCCUCGGAAGACUUUGACUCCAGGGGUGUCACCUCGGCAGCGGGCUCAGGCCUGCCCGUGGGAAGUGGACUGGCCUCGGGGGAUGAAGAUGGAAUUACAUGGUCCAACACUUCUCAAGUUGGUGGGCUGCCUUCUGGGGGUGAGGGUCUGGAAGGCUCUGCCUCCGGAGUAGAGGACCUGAGUGGACUUCCUUCUGGAGAAACUACUGCCUCUGGAGUAGAGGACCUCAGUGGACUUCCUUCUGGAGGUGAGACUCUUCCAGAAACUACUGCCUCUGGAGUAGAGGACCUCAGUGGACUUCCUUCUGGAGGUGAGACUCUUCCAGAAACUACUGCCUCUGGAGUAGAGGACCUCAGUGGACUUCCUUCUGGAGGUGAGACUCUUCCAGAAACUACUGCCUCUGGAGUAGAGGACCUCAGUGGACUUCCUUCUGGAGGUGAGACUCUUCCAGAAACUACUGCCUCUGGAGUAGAGGACCUCAGUGGACUUCCUUCUGGAGGUGAGACUCUUCCAGAAACUACUGCCUCUGGAGUAGAGGACCUCAGUGGAUUUCCUUCUGGAGGUGAGACUCUUCCAGAAACUACUGCCUCUGGAGUAGAGGACCUGGGUGGACUUCCGUCUGGAAGAGACGGUCUGGAGACCUCUGCUUCUGGAGUAGGGGAGGACCUCAGUGGACUUCCUUCUGGAGGAGAGGGCCUAGAGACCUCUGGUUCUGGACCUGAGGACCUCAGCGGGUUGCCUUCUGGAAAAGAAGACUGGACCGGGUCAGCUUCUGGAGACCUGGACCUUGGCACAAGACCUUCUGAAACUCUCGGGAGCGGGCAAGCUCCAGAAGCAAGUGGCCUUCCCUCGGGAUUUAGCGGCGAGUAUUCUGGAAUGGACCUCGGAAGCGGCCCCUCCUCCGGCUUGCCGGACUCCAGUGGGCUCCCGUCUGGGCUCCCGACCGUCUCCCUGGUGGAUACCACGCUGGUGGAAGUGGUCACAGCCCCCACGCCGGGGCAGCUGGAAGGCCGGGGCACCCUCGGCGAGAGCGGUGCUGGCGAGAUAUCUGGGCUGCCCUUCGGCGAGUUGGACAUCAGCAGGGGAGCGAGUGGGUUCCCUUCGGGAGCUGAACUCAGUGGCCAGCCGUCUGGAUCUCCUGAAAUCAGCGGGGAAACAUCUGGAUCCUUGGGUGUCAGUGGGCAGCCAUCCGGAUUCCCUGACAUCAGUGGGGGAACAUCCGGGCUCUUUGAGCUCAGCGGGCAGCCCUCGGGGUUUCCGGAGGAAACAUCUGGAAUGGCCGAGCUCAGCGGGCAGUCCUCCGGGCAGCCGGGGGUCAGCGGAGAAGCUUCUGGAGAUCUCGGCAGCGGCCGCCCGUUUGGCAUGAUCGACCUGAGCGGAGAAACAUCUGGCGUCCCUGACCUCAGUGGGCAGCCCUCGGGGUGGCCAGGGUUCAGCGGGGCCCCCUCCGGAACCCCUGACCUGGUUUCUGGCGCCGCGAGUGGCAGCGGCGAUGCGUCCGGCGUCACGUUCGUGGACAGCCCUUUCGUGGAGGUGACCCCAACUCCGUUUAGAGGAGGAGAAGAAGGUUUAGGGUCCGUGGAGCUCAGCGGCCUCCCUUCCGGGGAGACGGAUCUCUCGGGCACCUCCGGGAUGGUGGACGUCAGCGGACAGGCGUCUGGGGCCACUGACGCCGCCAGCGGGUGGACACCGCAGCCUCCGGAACUCAGCGGCCUGCCCAGCGGGGCCGCCGAGCUCAGCGGGGAAGCCUCCGGAGCCGAGGUGGGGAGCAGCCUGCCCUCGGGAGCCUAUGACGGCAGCGGGCCGCCGCGGGGCUUCCCCACCGUCUCGCUGGUGGACAGGCCUUUGGUGGAAUCUGUCACCCAGCCUCCGACGGCCCAGGAGGCAGGAGAGGGGCCUUCGGGCGUUCUGGAACUCAGCGGCGCCCAUUCCGGAGCGCCCGACGUGUCCGGAGACCAUUCUGGACUGCCGGACCUCAGCGGGCUGCCGUCCGGGCUGGGGGAGCCCCGUGGCGAGCCUUCGAGCACCCCGUAUUUCAGUGGGGACUUUUCCGGCACCACGGAUGUAAGUGGGGAGUCGUCUGCCGCAGCGAGCACCAGCGGGGACGCCUCGGGGCUGCCGGACGUCACGUUAAUCACUUCUGAAUUCGUGGAGGGUGUCACUGAACCAACCGUUUCCCAGGAACUCGGCCAGAGACCCCCUUUGACACACACACCCCAGAUUUUUGAGGCCAGCGGAGAAGCCUCGACAUCGGGGGACCUCAGUGGAGCCACGCCAAGCUUCCCCGGGUCAGGGGUCGAAGCGUCAUCCGUCCCAGAAUCCAGCAGCGAAACACCUGCCUAUCCGGAGGCCGGGGUGGGGGCGUCUGCUGCUCCUGAGGCCAGCGGGGUGGCUUCGGGGACCCCUGAUCUGGGUGAAACCACCUCCGCCUUCCACGAAGCUGACCUGGAGGGAGCCUCAGGCCUGGGGGUGAGCGGCAGCCCCUCCCCCUUCCAGGAAGGGCCCACGGAGGGCUCCACCCCGUCGGGAAUGAGCGGAGAGCCGACCACCACCUACGAUGUGGCCACGGAGACCUCGGGCUGGCCUUCGGCCACCCCCGUGGCUUCUGGAGACGGGACGGAAGUCAGCGGAGACCUGUCUGGUCACGCCUCGGGGCUGGGUGUUGUCGUCGGCACCAGCGUCCCGGAGUUUGAAUGGACCCAGCAGACCCAGCGCCCUGCAGAGGCGCAGCUAGAAAUGGAGUCCUCGAGCCCCGUGCACUCGGGAGAAGAGGCCCAAACAGCCGAAACAGCCAUCUCCCCGACAGACGCGUCUUCCACCCCAACUUCGGCGGAAGGGACGGAAGGAUCGGAGGCAACCGCUUCAGACAUUGAUGAGUGCCUCUCAAGCCCUUGUGUGAAUGGAGCCACCUGCGUGGACGCCAUCGACUCUUUCACAUGCUUAUGCCUUCCCAGCUACCGAGGGGACCUGUGUGAGAUCGACCAGGCGCUGUGCGAGGAGGGCUGGACCAAGUUCCAGGGCCACUGCUACCGCCACUUCCCGGAGCGCGAGAGCUGGGUGGACGCCGAGAGCCGCUGCCGCCAGCAGCAGGCGCACCUGAGCAGCAUCGUCACCCCCGAGGAGCAGGAGUUCGUCAACAGCAAUGCUCAGAACUACCAGUGGAUCGGCCUGAACGACAGGAGCAUCGAAGGGGACUUCCGCUGGUCAGAUGGACACUCCCUGCAAUUUGAGAACUGGCGCCCCAACCAGCCGGACAACUUCUUCGCCUCCGGGGAGGACUGCGUGGUGAUGAUCUGGCACGAGAAGGGCGAGUGGAACGACGUGCCCUGCAAUUACCACCUGCCCUUCACGUGUAAGAAGGGCACAGUGGCCUGCGGAGAGCCCCCCGUGGUGGAGCACGCCAGGACGUUCGGCCAGAAGAAGGAGCGCUACGAGAUCAGCGCGCUGGUGCGGUACCAGUGCACCGAGGGCUUCGUCCAGCGCCACGUGCCCACCAUCCGGUGCCUGCCCAGCGGGCACUGGGAGGAGCCUCGCAUCACCUGCACAGACCGCUGUUCCCUCUCCCUUCCCCCAGCCGCCACCUACAAGCGCCGACUACAGAAGCGGAGCUCCCGGGCCCCCCGGAGGAGGCGCCCCAGCACCGCCCACUGA